UAAUGAGAAAUACCAAAACUCGGGGUGAGACGGGGAGACACUAGUGUUUUUGCCCUCUCUGUCCCCGAGGAGACUGUUCUCAUCUAUUCUCUCCCCCACGUCCUCCAGGUUUUUGCUAGGCUUCCUGCCAUCUUUACCAAGUUGAGAUUAUCCGUGUUCUGUCAUUAACAGAGUUUAAGGAAAGCGCGUCAAAUUCACCGCGCCCUAACCUUGGACCCCGCCUGCAGGCUGACUUUCGAGCCACACGCCAGAGCACGGAGCGACCCCUAAGGUCGCAGCCCGGCUUCGCAAGCCGCCUCCUUCUAACGCGUCCGUCGCCCUCGCGCGCCCGCGAGCAGCCGGACUACAUCUCCCAGGAGGCUGUGCGCCGUCCAGCGGACCUGCCCUUGGUCGCAAAGGACUACAUUACCCAGUGAUACCUUGCGGGAGGCGGUUGCCAGACCUCAAGCGCAAAACCAUUGGUCCAGGGUCUGGCGGGGAGCUGCGCGGUGAUUGGCCCAGGAGACCGCCACUUUCGUCCGAGCUCAGUAGAGUUUUGCGGUUAAGACUGCGCGAGGUACUACAGAGCAGAGCGCGCGUAGCCGGGCCGCACCCGCCGAGCCGUGAAAAGAGUACAUCUCCUGGAAAGGAUGCUUUUUAGCCGAGCUCUGGUGGAUGAGAGGAGCUAGCCUUGAAAAACUUGAUACUGAUGGACAUUGUGUGGGCCAGAGGCAGGGAUGGUUGGCUAUGACCCCAAACCAGAUGGCAGGAAUAACACCAAGCUCCAGGUGGCAGUGGCUGGGUCUGUGUCUGGACUUGUCACUCGGGCGCUGAUCAGUCCCUUCGACGUCAUCAAGAUCCGUUUCCAGCUUCAGCAUGAGCGCCUGUCUCGAAGAGACCCCAACGCAAAGUACCAUGGCAUCUUCCAGGCGUCUAGGCAGAUUCUGCAGGAGGAGGGGCUGACAGCUUUCUGGAAAGGACACAUCCCAGCUCAGAUUCUCUCCAUAGGCUAUGGAGCUGUCCAAUUCUUGUCGUUUGAAAUGCUGACGGAGCUGGUCCACAGAGGCAGUGUGUACAACGCCCGGGAAUUCUCAGUGCACUUUGUGUGUGGUGGCCUGGCUGCCUGUACGGCCACCCUCACUGUGCACCCCGUGGAUGUUCUGCGCACCCGCUUUGCAGCUCAGGGUGAGCCCAAGGUCUAUAAUACGCUGCGCCACGCCGUGGGGACCAUGUAUAGGAGCGAGGGCCCGCGGGUUUUCUACAAAGGGUUGGCCCCCACCUUGAUCGCCAUCUUCCCCUACGCCGGGCUGCAGUUCUCCUGCUACAGCUCCUUGAAGCACCUGUACAAGUGGGCCAUGCCAGCCGAAGGAAAGAAAAAUGAGAACCUCCAAAACCUGCUUUGUGGCAGUGGAGCUGGUGUCAUCAGCAAGACCCUGACAUAUCCGCUGGACCUCUUCAAGAAGCGGCUACAGGUUGGAGGGUUCGAGCACGCCAGAGCUGCCUUUGGCCAGGUGCGCAGAUACAAGGGCCUCGUGGACUGUGCCAAGCAGGUGCUGCAAAAGGAAGGUGCCCUGGGCUUCUUCAAGGGCCUGUCCCCCAGCUUGCUGAAGGCUGCCCUCUCCACAGGCUUCAUGUUCUUCUGGUAUGAAUUCUUCUGUAAUGUCUUCCACUGCAUGAACAGGACAGCCAGCCAGCGCUGAGCGCAGGAAGGACCCCAGGUCUUUCCUGGAGGCAGCCUCCUGAAGGAAGAUUCAGUCUCCACUGAGAGGUGCUGUCUGGCCCUUCCCUGCGGGCCAGCUGCCCCCAGCAGGGUGGCAGUCUUGAACCCACCCAGCUGGGACACCACCAGAAGGUCCAGGGCUCUCCCCAUGAGAGGAUCAGAGGGAACGCAGGACGUGGUCUACAGUGAACCAACGACACAGCGAGAAGGAGCAGGAAGUUGCUGUUUCUCCUCUGACCCCAGCCCACACUCCAAAGGAGAUACCGUCCUACACCUGUCAGCCCCGUCUGCCCGGAGAACAGAACGCUCCUGGUCUGGAUGGGGCUGCUGCUUGAGUGCAGAGGGCUGCAGUAGGCCCUUUGCAGGAGUCAGGUCCCCACACUCGGCCUGUUUUUCCCAACCUAUUUAACAGACAUUAAAGCUAAACGCACAUUCCUUAU